AUGCCGCUUCUCAGUCCCAAUGCCCAUUGGCUUGACUUGGCCCCAUCGCUUCACCUCAUGACUUUCACUGGUGCCUCGUCUUCUUAUGAUGCUGCUGGUGAUGAGCGGCUCUCAGUGGUUCGGAGGUGCUGGGGAGCGGUUCAGAGCGGUGUUGUGCCGUUGUGUGAGGUCAGUGGUGGUGCUGAGCCGUUCUGUGUGGUCGUUGGUGACCUAGGCACCCUCACUCCUACUGCCGACUCCCCUCCCCCCUCCUCUCCCUCCUCCCCUCCCUCCUCUCGCUUCCCUCCUCCCCCAUCCUCUCGUACCCCUCCCAUCUCCCUCAUUCCUGGUACCUCCACCUCUCAUCCUCCCCCGCCUCCUCCUCAAACAAUUUCCAACCCUUCCCUUCCCCCUGCUGCUGAUCCCCCCUCACUUCUUUCCCCCUCCCCUGCUGCUUCCCCUGCCCUUGCCCCCGAGCUUUCCCCCUCUUUCCCCCCUAUAGGUUCCCCUUCCCCCUCUCCCCCUCUCGCCCCCGCCCCCGCCCCUUCCCCUGAUUUCCCCACCGCCAUCUCCCCUGCUCCUUCCCCUGCCCUUGCCCCAGCGCCAUCCCCAGCCGCCCUUCCCCCUGUGCUUCCCCCUGAGCUUCCCCCUGAGCUUCCCCCUGAGCUUCCCCCAGCUGCUUCCCCCCUUCCCCCAGAUCCCCCACAACCCCCCCCUCACCCUCACAGACCCCCUAAACGACACCCCCCACGCGCCCCCCAACCCCCUCCCCCUUCCGAGCCUCCUGCCGAGCCUCCUGCCGUCCUUCCUGCCGAACCUCCUGCCGAGCCUCCGAGCCUUUCCCCUGCUUCCAGCCCUUCCCCCUCCCCCUCUGCUGUCUUCCCCCUUUCCCCUUCUCCUCCCCCACCUCUCUCCCCCCACCCCCAUCGUUUCCCCCCCACUGCCCCCACUCUCUCCUCCCCUUCCUCAUCCCCUCCUCCUUCCCCACCUUCUUCCUCCUCUCACCCUCCAUCCUCACUCUAUCCCCCUCCACACACUCUCCCCCAUCCCCCUCCUCCACUCCCCCCUCCCCCGCCCCAUUCCCUUCCCCAACCCCUCCCCCCUCCCCCUCCCCCUCCCGUCCAUCACCCUAUAAAACACCACCCCCCUCUCUAUGCCGGCACACCCCGCAGCUUCGCUCCUGUCACCCUCACACCUCCCCCUCCUCCUCCCUCGCCUCCUCGCCUCCAAUCCACCCCUCCUCCUAGCUUAUUCCCAUCCUUCCCUCCUGCCGAAGUAAGUUCUCCUUUCUUCCUCCCUCCUCCCUUCUCUGAUUACUUCUCUCCCUCCUCUUUCUCCUUCUCCCCUGCUCUCUCCUCCUCUGCUUUGUCCUCCGCCAUUCACCGUCGGUUCGUCAAGCCCGGCCGCUGUCCUGCCGUCACCACCACCGCCACCGCCUCUCAUCCUUCCGCCCCCUCCCCCCGACAGCCGAACCGAAGUGAGUACUCUCCCUUUCAAUCUCUCCCACUCGUUCCCCCCUCCCUUGUCUCAUCACUCGCCCUCUCUGCACUUCAUUCCCACCUCUCUUCACCUCUCUCCACCGCUCCCUCUCGUUCCCCUCUCUCUCCCUUCGCUGAUUGCUUCACUCCCACCAUUCUCCCGACACCCACCCACCCAUCUCCUCUUUUCUCCCACCCCCUCCCUGUUACCCCCACCCUCCUCUUCCACUCCUUCCCUCCCCUGCCUCUGCGCCCUCCCAAUGCUCGCCUGCACUCCUCCUUCGACUCCUUCCUACACAACGUCCCCUCGUUCGCGCGAGAGCUCGCCUCGCCCCUCCUCUUACAGCCCCCUCAAGUGGAGAUCAACCACUCCCCAGCCCUCCUCCUCCUCCUUCCCCCGAUCAGCCUCUCUCACCCGCCUCUCUCACCCGCCAUCACCGCUAAUAGCAAGCCCCAACUCUUUUCUCAUCUAGCAUCACCACCUACCCUUUUAAUAAGAGAAGGAGGGGAUUCAGUGGGAGGGGAAGAAGGUGCAAGGGUAGGAGUGGGGGGGAAUGCAGGAAACCAGACCAGUAGGGGAGUGGGAGAGGAGGUAGGUGGGAGGAGGGGCAAGAAGACAAAGAAGAGGCACUUAAAGCCCGAAAACUGGCCUCAGAGGCUCAAAAUAGCACUGGGAGUAGCCCAGGGCAUACGUUACUUGCAUGAGGACUCUUCCCCUUCUAUCAUCCACCGGGACUUGAAAUCUGCAAAUGUGCUGAUAGAUAGAGACUUGGUGCCUAAGAUCGCUGAUUUCGGGCUGGCUAGGACAGUGGUGAUGGUCGAUCAGAAUAAAAUGGUAUCAGCACAAAUGGUAUCGGGACAUUUGGUGGGCACGUUCGGUUACAUGGCUCCAGAAUACACACUCACGGGGAGUUUCAGUCUCAAGAGUGAUGUAUAUAGCUUCGGUGUUAUCCUCCUGGAGCUUCUCACCGGACGUAAACCUGUGGUCCGAACCGAGCCUGGAGGUGUGGAGAGCCUCGUGCAGUGGGCCAGGCCGCUGCUUGCCGAGCCUAGGCUGCAGGUUCGGCAGCUCGCCGACCCGUUGCUGGAGGGGAGGUUCGACGAGGGGAGUCUGGUUCGGGUGGUUUCCGUGGCUGGGAUGUGUGUUGCUGCUGAUGUUGCUAAACGGCCGGCCAUGAGUCAAGUAGUGGAGCUACUGCGGCAAAUUCAGUCUGAAGAUUCCAUGGCAGCAUGCAGCAAAUCAGUAUCCGCACCAACAGCAACUGCAAGUGCUACCACUGCUACUUCCGCCUCCUCUGCUUCCUCUUCUUCUUCCUCCUCCUCCGCUUCCUCCUCCUCUUCCUCCCGUGUACCCUUCCGUGCCCCUCACCCCCAUCAGACCCCCUUCACCCCCACCCCCUCCAGAUCCCUCCUUUCCCCUUCUCACUCCUCCACUCACUCCUCCCCAUCUCGCCCCACCACACAAACCCCUCUGCUCUCCUCCCUCUCCUCACUCCCUCACCCUCACACCCAUCCCUCCCGUCUCCGCCCCUCCCACCCCUCCCCCUACUCCUCCCGUCAACCCCCACACUUCCCCUCUCACUCCCGCUCACAGUCCCUCUCUCACUCCCCUUCUCACUCCUCCUCCCUCGCCUCUCCCCACCACACACCCAGACGCCACCAUCCCUCCUUCCCACCGCCCCACUACCCCUCCCCAGAUAUACCUUCCCCAGCUGCCGCCUCCCCUGCUUCCUACUUAUCAGCAGAGGAGGGGUUUGAAAACCCAGGUGGAGGGGAGAGUAUGAGGGGGCCUGAAGGGAGUGGGGCAGGAGGGAUAGGGUUUUCCCUUCUGCCGCCUGUGCCAGAGGCAGAACGAGCGGCCAUGCCGAGACUUCUGAGGAUGACAGUUCAAGGGCUGGACUACAGUGAGGCAGGGGCGGUUGCUUUUUCCCUGCUGAAGCCUGUGCCAGAGGCAGAACGGGCGGCCAUGCCGAGACUGCUGAGAAUGACUGUUCAAGGGCUGGACUACAGUGCCAGAGGCACCUCAAGAACCAACUCGCCUUUCUCCUUGUCUUCCCCCCCUUCCCUUGUGCUGCAGUGGGGACCUGGCAUUGUCUUCUUGCAAGUCUGA